CAUGUCGGUCAAAACGUGUUCCGAGGUGUUGGAUAGGAAAUAAUGCGAGUUGGCGACUCCGUGGCCACUGAUCUUUUGGUACCGCGUGUGGCUAGCCUCUGAGGAGUAUAAAAGUACGUCCUCCGGACUGCUCGUGCGUCUCAAGUCACCCACCUGCCCGGUUUCCUCAACCUCUUCAAAUGGAGGACCUGGAUGUAUCAAGAGAACGAGCGUUCAUCGCUGCAAACUUCGUCCACCACGUCUUUCUAUGGUCGCAAAUGUCAAUAUCGGACUUUGACCCGUGCCUGUUUCGGUUCAUCUGGACGCUUCAGCGACGCUCGGCCGCUCAUCCAUCCGUUACAUUCCGUGCUCUGUACUACCUUCAAAAUCUCAAACACUACAAUCCCACUAUGGUGGUUACGAGCGGCGAAUCGCUCUUCCUCUGCGCUCUGGGGCUCGCAGGAAAAUCUUCCAGGGACCACACCCUCAUCAAGCUGGGAGAGUUGCAGGCUGUCGCAUUCGCGAUGUCCCUGGAUGAAGUGAUCGAUAUCAUGGAGUACGACGUGUUCAAUGCGCUCGAAUGCGGACUCGACGUGGACGCCGGGGCCCUGGCCGACUUCGAAGCACGAGUGCGGCGAGAUUUCAGCAGUGCGAAUGGACUAACGUGCUUUGACGCCCCGAAUCAUGCCAUACCUGUCCGGCACCGUACGGAGAUAUGCCGUUCAGAGAUCUCCACCGUCCCCUUUCCUUCACUGGCGAUGGAACAAAAAAUCAACCGCGCAUCGGCUUCGACAACCCAGCGCUGCUUGUGCGAGUACUGCCGAACUCCUGCCGUUACUUCAAAUCAAUGAAAAACGUGCCCCCUUGGGCCGCAUAUGCGAUUUUUGUAUCACGCUCCUGAAUCGCAGGUUUUGUAAUCAUUGAUUUCUCACAUUUCACAUGGUGUAUAGUAGUCCAUCGCACGUCUUCCGCUCCAAAUGUUACAUGCUAUCGUUCGCCUCGC